GAGACACCACACUGAACUGUCAGGUUGCUAGAUUAAGCCAUGGAUUUGCGGGUGGUUUUCUCAACAUUAGUGUUGAUCAUCAUGACCAUUUUCUUUCUGAUCAUUCGUCUUGACUUUACAAAUGACCAUCAUUUUCUUGGAUACAGAGUGAAGAGUGCACACGCACGGCCAGCAAGCCGUUACAACUCUGAAGAGAUAAUGAAGGCCGCCAUUUUAGCUGAGAAAAUAUCAGACAGCACCUUAUUCGCAAAAUACAUAGUCCCAUACAACAAACUGAACAUGUGUCAAACUAUUCCAGACACAAGGACCUGGACAUUUCAAUGUGGUGUACAUUGUAAGGAGUUAAACCUUGCGGACAUCCCAACAACCAAAGUAGAUGUCAAUGCAUCUUGCUCCAAGUUGGAGGAAAGGGUAUCGUGGUCACUCGUUGCAAAUAGGACACUGUUCCACGUCCCAUUCAAAUCAAAAUGUCUGAAAAAAUUGAUAAGUGACUAUUGCUCAACUAUCAACGCUGUACCAAGCAUUGUCCAUUACGUGUGGUUCUUAAAAAGGGAGAUGAACUUUUAUCAUUUUCUAAGUUUCAUAAGCUCUUUAAGAUAUAUAAAACCAUGCCUCCUUCUGGUCCAUGGCGAUGAACCUUUAGGAUUGUACUGGAAAUACAUAGUGGCCAUCGCAAACAAUGUCAUUCAUGUUAAAAUGAAUCCCCCAUCGACCAUACAUAAUAAAACCAUUGGUCGAAUUGAACACAAGGCGGAUGUGGCCAGGCUUUUUAUCGUGCAAGAAUAUGGAGGGAUUUAUCUAGAUACUGACGAAAUCAUUCUACGACCUUUUGAUAAUCUCAUGAAUUUCACAUUUACCCUCAGUCACGAACUGAACAGCAAUCUAGCAAAUGGACUGAUACUAUCAUCGCCAAAUGCAACCUUUAUUUCACAUUGGCUAAACGGGUAUAAAACAUACAACAGUGCCCAAUGGGCUUAUCAUUCUACCAUUUUACCACGUGAACUGUCAAGAAAAUAUCCACAAUUAUUGCAUGUGGAGAAUGGAACUUUCAUUCGACCACAUUACGGCCAGCUGCCACUUAUAUAUCAAAGAAACUUUAACUGGCUGCAGAAUUAUGGAAUGCACUUAUACAUACGAUUCCACAGAGGAAUUUAUACAUUUAGUGACGUCAGACGUUUGAAUACAACCAUGGGCUCGGUUGCUCGACAUGUUUUAUAUGGCACAAAAGAGCUUUGUUAUGAUGACUAGCUGGAACGGUGUAACGGUUAAUAUAUAUACUGCAUCCGGGCUCAGAUUUAUUAAACAUAGCGGUAUUCA